AGUCGGUAUGACAGGGCGUGACAUGAAAAUGGUAAAGAGCGUGUGACAAAAUUUUACAUUGUAUGUUAUGUCUACCGCGUGAGGGGAGUAAGUUAGCAUCUCUGCCGUAAGAUUGACCGAAUGCCAUAAACAUGGCGGCUUGGAUACCAAAAAUUGCGGUACGAGCAACGAAGAAUCAGUAUGCGUACGCUGCGACCCAAACGAUACAAUGUCGCGAUUGUACCAAUCAGCCAAGGAUCAUCAAAAAUCCAACUACAGCCAGCUUAAAAAGAGGUACUGGUGGUCGUAGUUCUUUUAAUGGAGUAGUGUGUACAGUGUUCGGUGCUAGUGGUUUCAUUGGACGGACUGUGUGCAACCGUCUUGGGAAGAUUGGUACGCAGUUAAUAAUUCCACACAGAUGUGAUCCGUACUAUGUUCUGCCUCUCAAACUAUGCGGAGACCUGGGACAAGUUUUGUUUCACCCUUUCCAUUUAAAAGAUGAGGAUUCUAUAAUUAAGUCCAUCAAAUAUUCCAAUGUGGUGAUUAAUUUAAUUGGAAGCAAUUUUGAAACCAGAAACUUUAGUUAUCAUGAUGUGCAUGUGGAAGGAGCUAGAACGAUUGCUAAAUUGGCUAGAGAAUGUGGCGUAGAACGUUUAAUUCAUGUGUCAUCUUUGAAUGUAGAUCCUAAACCUGAACCGAGGGUAUUGAGUGGUGGUUCACAAAUCCUCAAGACGAAAUGGCAUGGAGAGUGCGCGGUAAAGAAAGAAUUUCCAAACGCUACUAUUGUUCGACCAGCAGAAGUAUAUGGUCAGAAAGAUUGGUUUCUCACUCAUUACAUGAGUCCAUUGAGGAGAUUUAUUAAUGAUACUGUACCACUAUGGGAGAAGGGUCUGAAAACUGAGAAGCAGCCGGUGCAUUGUUCAGAUGUAGGCGCUGGCAUUGUUGCGCUUGUAAGAGAUCCUAGUACUGCUGGUAAAACUUACCAGUUUGUUGGCCCAAAAAGAUACACACUACAUGAAAUUGUGAAGUGGUUGUACAUACUAGCCGCAAGAGGAGUGGUAGACGCAGCACAUCAAGUAUCGGAUAUGAAAUAUAAUUUUUUGUUUCAAACACAAGUUUCUCUGAACGACCUUAUCUACAAUAUCUAUCCAGAGAUGCCUGUAACUUGGGAAUUAAUUGAAAAAUAUCAUGCCACUGAUGUAGUAUACCCGGAUUUACCUACGUUAGAGGACUUGGGCAUUACACCGGUAGAUAUGGAAUCCAGGAUGGCUUGGGAGAUUGUCCCAUACAGGUUUCAUAACGAGUACAUGGAAACCGUGGGGGAAUUUUCAAAAGCACCUCCACCAAAGACAGUUCCCCUACAUUAAUAUUUGCGUAUGAUUAAAUAAGACUAGUAUAAAAAUGAUGUGUGCUCUUCUUGUAAUAAAAAGGGUGCAUUGUUACAGAUUUCAUUUUUUUUUUCUUCAUACUUUAAUAUUUACUUGCUCUUUUGAAUGAUACACGUAACUCGCUCUUUAUUGUUUAUUAAAUGACAGACUGUUCUAACUACAAUAAAAGGUUACAGUUUCUAAUUA